AUGUCCACCACUGCAACAGUCAGCAACGAUAGCCAAAAUCAGCUUACCAACAAAGGCAACGAGGGCGACAAAACAACUCCUACUGAACGCUAUGUUCCCGGUGGCAAGAUCCCCAAUGCCAAGAAAUGGAUGCUACGGCAAAUGAUGGCUCUUGGAUUCAUGAUGUUGAUUGAUGUUGGCAUACCAUUGGCUUUAUACUAUGGAUUACGAAAUGUCGUUGACGUUUUAUACGCACUCAUUAUCUCUGGCAUUCCUCCUUUCCUAUGGGUCAUUGUUAGCUUUAUUCGAAGUCGCCGUAUCGAUGUACUUGGUUGCAUCAUUGGUCUUUCUUUCAUUUUGUCAGGCGUAGUGAGCUUGAUCAGUGGUGACGCUCGUGCCGCCUUGCUCCGAGAUUCAGCUGUUACAGGUGUUGUUGGUAUCAUGUUCCUGCUGACGUUGCCACCCAUAAGGACCAAAUGGUUGACAGUACGCCCGCUGACAUUUAUCAUGGCACGCCAAAUGUUCUCCGAAGCCUCUUAUCGAUGGAUUGACAAGGAUGGCAACAAGCAUGAAAUGGGUAUCGUCGACUGGCAAUGGGAGCAUAUCCGAUUCUUCCGAAUCAGCAUGACCAUGCAGACUGCAGCGUGGGGCAUUUUGCUUGUUUUGGAAUUGGUCGCGUGUGUGCUAAUGGUCGAGAGCUCAUUAUCCAUUGACAACAUUGUCGCCUACAAUAAUAUCAUCACAUCAGUGGUCGUUGCUGUCAUGGUUACCGUAUCCAUUCUUGCUGGUAUCUAUGGUCACCGUGUCGAGAAAAGAAUUGGAUCUGCAUGGACAAAAGAAAACGACUAUACCGAAUACUAUGAGAAUCUCAGCAACAGCAACCAAGAUCGUGAUGGCAAUGAAUCACCGUCGCCCCUGGCAACAACCGAUAACGGUGAUCACAAGCAUCACCACACCGAAAAUAUGGCAUAA